AUGUCUGAUUCAUUAACCCGAAGGACAUCUGGUGAAUUGGAGGAUGAUUCUUUUGCAUCCCAUAUAGACUCAAAACAAGAUCAUGAAGUCAAAAUUGUCUCUAAAUUCGAUAGUACCUCUUUACAAAAUAGUGAUCAAUUAGAGAUCACCAAAGUUGGUGAUGAUGAUAUUGAAUAUGAUGAUAACCAAGAUUUUGUCGAGCCAACCGAAGAAGAAAUGAAAACUUUAAAACAUGUAAGUGGUAAAAUUCCAAUGAGAUGUUGGUUAAUUGCCGUUGUUGAAUUAUCCGAAAGAUUCUCUUAUUAUGGGUUAGCCGCUCCUUUCCAAAAUUAUAUGGCGAAUGGUCCAAAUGAUACUCCAAAGGGUGUCUUAAUGUUAGAUACUCAAGGUGCCAGUGCUUUGUCUUAUUUCUUCCAAUUUUGGUGUUACAUUACUCCUAUCUUUGGUGGUUAUAUGGCUGAUACUUACUGGGGUAAAUACAAUACUAUUUGUGCCGGUACUGGUAUUUAUGUUGUUGGUAUUUUCUUGUUAUUCAUUACUUCUCUUCCUUCUAUUGAUACUCGUGAAACUGCAUUGGGUGGUUAUGUCACCGCUAUUAUUUUAAUUGGUAUUGCUACUGGUAUGAUCAAGGCUAACAUAUCUGUUUUGAUUGCCGAACAGAUUCCAAGAACUAAGCCAAGAGUUAUAACCCAAAAAGGUGGUAAAAGAGUUAUUGAAGAUCCAAAUAUCACCACUCAAAAUGUUUUUAUGUUCUUCUAUAUGAUGAUUAACGUUGGUUCUUUGUCUCUUAUGGCCACAACUGAAUUAGAAUCUCACAAAGGUUUCUGGGCAGCAUACCUAUUACCUUUCUGUUUCUUCUGGAUAGCCGUCGUGGUUUUGGUCAUUGGUAGAAAUCAAUAUAUCAUGGUUCCAGUUGGUGAUAAGAUGAUUUCCAAGAGUUUCAAAGUCAUGUGGAUUUUGGUUAAGAAUAAAUUAAACUUUGAUGCUGCAAAGCCAAGCAUGAACCCAGAAAAGAACUACCCAUGGAAUGACAAGUUUGUAGAAGAAAUAAGAAGAGCUUUAAGAGCUUGUAAGGUUUUCGUCUUCUACCCAAUCUACUGGUGUGUAUACGGUCAAAUGAUUAACAAUUUUGUUACACAAGCUGGUACAAUGGAAUUGCAUAACUUACCAAAUGAUUUCCUACAAGCUUUUGAUUCUAUUGCCAUCAUUGUUUUCAUUCCAAUUUUUGAAAGAUUUAUAUAUCCAUUCGUAAGAAGAUUCACUCCUUUCAGACCAAUAACAAAGAUUUUCUGGGGUUUCAUGUUCGGUUCCGGUGCCAUGAUAUGGGCUGCUGUCUUGCAAUCAUUUAUUUACAAGGCAGGUCCUUGUUACAAUAUGCCAAUGAAGUGUGCACCAGAAUAUGCCAAUACUCCAAAUCAAGUUCAUGUCGCAUGGCAAGUUCCUGCAUACGUUUUAAUUGCCAUUUCUGAAAUUCUUGCAUCUGUUACUGGUUUAGAAUAUGCUUAUUCGAAUGCUCCUGCUAGUAUGAAAUCCUUCAUUAUGUCCAUUUUCUUGGUUACCAAUGCAUUCGGUUCCGCAAUUGGUAUUGCCAUUUCUCCAACUGCUCAGGAUCCAAAGUAUACCUGGACUUUCACUGGUUUGGCUGUUGCAUGUUUCAUCGCAGGUUGUUUGUUCUGGAUUUGUUUCCGUAGCUACAACAACACUGAAGAUGCUAUGAAUGACAUUGAUUUCAUGGAUGAUGAUGAUGAUAAGAUCAUGCCAACCGCUGGUGAAAAGACUAGUAUUGAAGUGAUGGAACCAAUCACUUCAUUUAGAUCUAUCAAAUCUCUCUAA